GCUCUCAUUCGAACGUGGAUCACUAAGGGGCUACGUUAGAACCUAUUUUUUGGGGUCUACGGGAUGUUUAAAAAAUGCCCAAGUCCCAGAGCAGCCAGAUCGCAGCCGGAGCUGAUAUCAAUGUGGACUCGCAUACGCCGAAUCGCGAUUGUCCGGACCAACUUAAAGUAAACAUAUAGUAAUAAUCGCUCCUCACCAGCGACAGAAACCGGUCUGCCAGUGAGGUAGACACAGACACACAGAUUGAGUCAGAGGCUUCGGAUUCUUGGGGCAAAAGUGCUGAGAUCGAGGAUUCAAAAUGUCAGGACUGUGCAUUGGAAUACUGCUCAUUGGUUUUGCAUGCACCACUGGCUACAAGAUUCCCACACCGACUGUGGAGCUCCUGGAGAAUGGAUUUCGUGUUUCUAUUCCGGAUGAAGAAGGCGUGAAAGUGGUGGCCUUUAAUGCGAAUCGCAAUCGGAAUUUCACAUCCUUCAUCAACGAGGGACAGUACAACGUGCGGUUGACUGAGCCCCAGAAUGGCAGGUGGACGAGCGACUUUAGUUCGGUUCCCCUGAGAGCCCAGGAUAUUCUAUACCUCUGGACAAGUGUGCAGCACCAGAGGGCUGUGUACCAGGAUCUGGCGCAGCCCUUGCCAGUGUGCAAUCUUGGCGGAGACUAUCGACCCAAGGGAUGUACGCCCGGUGAGGAUGACUUCACGGAUGACAACCAGAUAAGUACUGAAGGCAGUGUCUUGGAGCCCACCGCUCCCGCCGUUUGUGAACCUUCUGAAACCCAGGUUUCGCCGCAAACUGGCGUUUCCAUAUGUAAGGGACAACUUCUGUUUGAGGAGACCUUUGACCAGUUGAAUGAAUCCCUGUGGAUCCAUGAUGUUCGCGUGCCCCUGGACUCCAAGGAUGCAGAGUUUGUCCUGUACGAUGGGAAGGCCAAAGUUCACGAUGGCAACCUGGUUAUUGAGCCGCUUCUUUGGUCCAGCUAUCGCCCGGAUCUGUCCAUAGCCAAUUCCAGACUCGAUCUCUCGGAGCGUUGUACCGGAACCCACAACAGAAUCAAGGAAUGCAUCCUGCAUUCCACGGGCAGUGGACCCAGUGGAAUAAUGCCCCCGAUUGUGACACCUCGGGUCAGCACCAAGGACACCUUUGCCUUUCAAUACGGACGCGUUGAGAUCCGGGCCAAGCUGCCGAAGGGAGAUUGGAUAGUACCCCUCCUACUACUGGAACCCCUUACCGAAUGGUACGGACAAUCGGGCUACGAGUCCGGCCAGUUGCGAGUGGCCUUGGCCAGAGGUAACUCCGUCCUGAGGAUGCCGCGCGGAAAGCUCGUAGACGGUAGAUCUCUGUACGCAGGACCCGUUCUCUCCACGGAUGCCCACCAAAGGGAGGACUUGUGGCUGAGCAAGCGAAAGAUAUCCCACUUCGGCGAUGACUUUCACACCUACAGCUUAGACUGGAGCAGCAAUCGACUGGUGUUCGCCGUGGAUGGACAGGUCUAUGGAGAGAUGCUAAAUGGUUACACUGAGCUGGACGAGAAUCCCAGGUGGAAGCAGGGUGGUCCAAUGGCCCCAUUCGAUAGAAUGUUUUACAUUUCGUUGGGCAUCUCUGUGGGCGGAUUUGGUGACUUUGUGGACCAUCUUCGCACCGCCACUUAUGAGAAGCCUUGGGCCAACUACCAUCCCCAGGCGAAGCUGCAGUUCCACCAGGCCCAGGACCAGUGGCUACCCACAUGGAAGCAGCCCGACUUAAAGAUCGAUUACGUUCGAGUCUUCGCCAACUGAUAGCUAAAAUAUAUAUGUAGAUGUUUAUAUAAUUACAUACGUUCCGGUGAAAAUCUUAUCGCGAAUAAAGCUCCGAGAGAAACUCAG